CAUAUCAUUUGAAGCAUAUUGCGGACGGAAUAAAUUUGUUGUAAAGGAAGAUGGAAGACGAGACGGUAGUUGUCAAGUUGCCCAAUCUUGAGCUAGCCGACCUUAGGUUUUAUCUCAGCAUACCGCGCUAUCCAAACAAGGCACAGGUUCAAGAAAGGCUCUUAGAGGCGAUAAGAAAAGACGCUAUGUCCGGCUUUUACAAGUAUCUGGUAGCCGAACAUUAUCUUCCCCUUGACCAGGAUCUGCUGGCUUCAAUCGAACAGAUCAAUGAGGAAAAGAUAAAGGCAUUCGACAACGCUAUAGUCGAUGCCGAAAAUAACUUGGGGGAAUCCGAAGUUCGUGAAGCUCUCCUAUCCAAGGCUAACUACUUUUGCCUCAUCGGUGCAAAGGAGCAAGCUAUCGCUGCUUACGCUUCCACUGCCGAAAAAACCGUCGCUCUGGGCCAACGACUUGACAUCACUUUCACCCUUGUCCGCCUUGGAUUCUUCUUCGAUGAUUAUGACCUCGUUAAUCGCAGCAUCCGUAAAGCUCAUAGUCUCAUGGAAGAAGGUAGUGACUGGGAUCGUCGAAACCGACUGAAAACCUAUGAAGCCAUACAGGCUAUGCACUCCAGAAAAUUUGACCUAGCCGCAAAUCUGUUGAUAGAAACCCUCGCUACCUUCACAAGCUACGAAGUCUUCACCCUGGAAACCUUCAUCUUCUAUACUGUCAUUGCCGCCACUGUAUCCCUGGACCGUAUUUCGUUGAAGAAAAAAAUUAUCGAUAGCCCAGAAGUCCUAGCUGUUAUCCAAAAAACACCUCACCUUUCCUCCCUGUUAAAUGACUACUAUAACGGUGAAUAUAGAAAUUUUUUGAUUGCGCUCCUAGGUAUCUUUGAGCUCAUGAAUCAUGACCGUCUCUUGUCUCAACACUCACGUUGGUACUUCAAGGAAAUGCGAAUCAAAGUCUAUGCCCAAUUUUUAGAAAACUACCAGUCCGUCCAGUUAGACUCUAUGGCUAGUCAGUUCGGCCUCUCCCCAAAAUUUCUUGACGAGGAACUAUCAAGAUUCAUUUCCGUUAACCGAAUCAAUUGUAAAAUCGACAAAGUCGGCGGAAUUAUUCAAACCAAUAGGUCUGACAACAAAAAUGUGCAGUAUGAAACUUUACUAAAGCAAGGCGACAUGCUACUGAAUAGAAUACAGAAGCUUGCUGCUCGAGUGGUCAAUAUGUAAAUUCAAAACAUGAUUUUUGAUUGAUAAAGCCAACCCACGUUAAG